AUUUAGCAUGGCAUUCUUCAAGUAUACACACAGUAUGCAGUCGUGCACGACGAGUGGCACCGAGUAAUUCGUUGGUGUGCGAUUUCUACAACUUCAGCUUCACGAGAAUCGAACGAUCUGAAAUUCAUCUGCGACGAAGGAGAAGAAGAAAGAGAGAGAGAGAAAGAGAGAACGUCUCUCAAACGACGAUGCCUCACCCAGAAUCGGCAGGGAUGCCGUCGCGAUCAGUCACGUUGCCUCGACGGCUGCGGGGAUUCGCGAUGUAGCCCUUCUUCCUCCACCUCCUCUUCUUUCUCUCUCACCCCCCCCCUCCGCAGUUUCCGAGGAAAACAUUCUCUCUCGCGUUGGUAUCGUUGUAAUACCCCGAUCACAUCGAUGCGUCGUCACGCAACGUCGUCGACGGGAACAACGCUCACGGAUCUGGACCGCCGUGCCGAGUCAGCUGCGAUUACCUGCAUACCUCCUCACGGUCCUCAUCAUCGUCAUCGUCAUCCGCAAGAAGUGCCUUCUCUCGAUUAUUAUCAGUCGGCCGCCCGAUCGCACGGAAUGUUUCGGCUGUCCCGGCGAUGAGCGCGAUGAUCCUACCUAUGUGCAUCUUUAUAUAAGUCUGCGCCUCGAGAUGUAUCGAUUAAUUAUACAUACAAGAAAAAUGCAUCACGAUUGCUGAUGAAACAGUGCAAAAACAAAGAAAAAUCGUCGUCCGAGUGAUCAGACUGACAAACUUUGAUACAUAACCUAGAAGAUAUAAUGUCCCAGCUGAAUAUCAGCACGGGUAAACGAGGCAGGGGGGUAGCGAGUACCUCCGCGUCGACGGUGUCUGCGUUGAGCAGUUCCACCGAUCUGGCGAGCCUCUUCGAAUGCCCCGUUUGUUUCGACUACGUGCUUCCACCGAUUUUACAAUGUCAGAGUGGGCAUCUCGUUUGCACAAAUUGCCGACCAAAACUCUCCUGCUGCCCCACAUGCAGGGGUCCGCUAGGUAACAUCCGUAAUCUGGCUAUGGAAAAAGUGGCGAGUAAUGUGAUGUUCCCCUGUAAAUAUUCUACCAGCGGUUGCACAGUUUCACUGGUGCAUACUGAAAAGGCAGAUCACGAAGAUGCAUGCGAGUUCCGUCCAUACAGCUGUCCUUGCCCAGGUGCGUCCUGCAAAUGGCAGGGAUCGCUGGAACAAGUAAUGCCGCAUCUUAUUAUGAGUCACAAAAGUAUUACAACUCUACAAGGAGAAGACAUUGUUUUUUUGGCAACUGAUAUUAAUCUUCCUGGAGCUGUGGACUGGGUGAUGAUGCAAUCUUGUUUCGGCCAUCACUUUAUGUUAGUCCUUGAGAAACAAGAAAAGUAUGAUGGACAUCAACAGUUCUUUGCAAUUGUACAAUUGAUCGGUUCGAGGAAGCAAGCAGAAAAUUUUGCUUACAGAGAUUAUAUGGGAGGUGUAAAAUACACAGGCAAAGAGAGCUUAGUUAACAAAGUUGUCAUUGUGACAGGAGCUAAUACUGGUAUUGGGAAGGAAACAACUUUAGAAUUAGCCAAACGCGAUGCAAAAAUUGUUAUGGCAUGCAGAGAUAUGGAUAAAUGUGAAAAGGCACGCCGAGAUAUUGUACUUGAGACAAAAAAUAAAUAUAUUUACUGCAGGAAGUGUGACUUAGCAUCGCAAGAAAGUAUUAGAAUAUUUGUUGAGCAAUUUAAGAAAGAAUAUAAUCAACUUCAUAUACUUAUCAAUAAUGCUGGUGUAAUGAGAUGUCCAAAAAGUUAUACUAAAGAAGGUAUCGAGAUGCAGCUAAGAGUCAAUUAUAUAGGACAUUUUUUGCUCACAAAUUUACUUCUAGAUGUUUUAAAAGCAUCUGCACCAUCUAGAAUUGUAAAUUUAUCAAGUACUGCUCAUCAAAGAGGCAAAAUAAAUAUGACGGAUUUAAAUAGUGAUAAAGAGUACAACGCUGGUACAGCUUAUUCGCAAAGUAAAUUAGCCAUAAUUUUGUUCACUAGAGAAUUAGCAAAUAGAUUGAAAGGAACUGGUGUUACUGUAAAUGCUGUUCAUCCUGGUAUAGUGGAUACCGAUAUAACGCGACAUAUGUCUGUAUACAACAACUUUUUCACACGAAUAUUUUUGAAGCCAUUGGCUUGGCCGUUCAUUAGAGCGCCUCAUCAAGGAGCGCAAACUGUUUUAUAUGCAGCGUUAGAUCCUUCUCUAACAAAUGUGUCUGGUAUUUAUUUUGACAAUUGUGAAAUUAAAGAAGUAUCCGAUGAAGCCAAAAAUGAUAAUCUGACAAAGUGGAUAUGGAAAGUUAGUGAAAAAUGGACAAAAUUAGAUAUGCAAUCAAGGAAUCGAACAAGUCAUCACGAUGUUGCAAUGGAAUUCAGCGGACAGAAGUAUCAGGAAGAUUGUGCUAAAGCCGGCAAUAUAUACCAAGAAACCAACAGAACGCUCUACGUGUAACAUUCUUAUCAAGAAGUUAAAUGUCACGGGAGCAUCAGACAAAGAUUUGAGAGAAGAGUAUCAUACCGAGAUUCUCG